AUGGCAAAAGGAAAGAAACUCCAGUUUGUUUGGCCAAAAGAUGGCCCAAAGGGGCGGAGCGGACACCGCGGCUUCUUUGGAAGAUUGGACAAUAUUUUGACUGGCAGGGGCCCAGACGUCUUCCUUCAAAGAGGAGGGAGCCGAGAAGCCAUCAGACCAGAUUUGUGGGGUAACUGGGACUCCUACCACUUCCAGGACUACCACUUUGACGAGCUUGCAAAUCACCAUGUUUCGAGAGGAACCCGUCGAUACGAUCCACACACUCGGCGCUACACGGACUGGGCAAUUCCGCACGACUGGUUUGGCAAUCGAAUCGCCCUCAAUGGGAAUCACAACUACCCGAGAUUUACCGCUGGGGAAGCGAGACAACUAUUACGACAGUACCGCCGAACUGGUCAGAUUGACCCGGAGAAGAUGGGAAAGGACUGGCAUCAUGAGGGUCCAAGAAGAUUUAAUUAUGAGCAUGACUGGUUCUGGCAGAAUGCACAUCGCGUUGGAGAGAAUCUGAGGGAGGGCUUUGACCCAAGAAGCGGAAUCAACCCUAAUCUCCGGAUGCAUCAAAACUACCCCGAUGAUUUAGAUCGGUGGGUAAGACGGGAACUUCUCUGA